AUGUCGUCGACGGCGGUCAAGAGGGCCUGCGACGCCUGCCAUCGUCGCAAGGUCAAGUGCGACGGCAUUAAUCCGUGUCGCAAUUGCUCCUCAGCCCAGCUGAGCUGCACCUACCUCGCCAUUCCUCAAAAGAAAGGCCCCAAGGGCUCCCGGGCCAAGGUCAUCAGCGAACUUCGUGAAAACCAGCGUCAGACGAGCCUCUCGGCCAAGGUCCAGAACCAGCUCAAUGGUGUCGCUAGCCCGCCCACCGCUCCUACCCUGGCUCCCACUCCCGGCUUGCUCACGCCCGACGUCGUCAAGGAAUGCCGCGACUUCUUUUUUAACCACAUGUAUCCCAUCAUGCCCAUCCUCCAUCGCGAGCGCCUGGAGCAGCAGACGCUGUAUAUGGACACUAGCAUCGACACUUAUUGCCUGGUCACCUCGCUCUGCGCCUUCAUGAUGCUCCAGCCCGGCAUGAGCAUCCCCGGCCUGAUGCCCGGGAACAAUGAUCCCUACAACGCAAUGCCUGGUGCCAACCUCGUCCCCGCAACGCUCCUUCUCGAGGAGACUCUCCGCUGCCGCAAGGGCUAUGACUACCUGGAUUCGCCCUCGCACAACGCCAUGUGCACCAGUUAUUUCCUCUUUGCUUACUACUACACCCUGCAGUCGCACGACAAGGCGUGGUACCACCUGCGGGAAGCCACCACCUUGGCUCACAUGAUGGGCAUGAACAAGGAGGAGAAGUACGUCGAGUGGGACACUGCCGAAGGAUCCCGCAGAAAGCGCCUUUUCUGGCUGUUGUUUGUGACCGAGAGGGCAUAUGCCCUGCAGCGUGGUCGACCCCUGACUCUGCAGGCGACGCUGAGCGCGCCGACCAUCACGGACGACCCCAACGACCCCCAGGCGAACCAGCUGCACAACUUUGUCACCCUGGUCAACCUGUUCCGUCCCUUUGACGACACAUUCGUCAACCUCUGGAACAAGACGAUGAAUGACUGCUCCAACUCGCUGGCCUCGCUCCAGAAGCAGUUCGGAGAGGUCGUGCCUGUCUUGGCCAACAACAACUCGCAGUUUGCCGACCUCCACACCAACCAGCAGUGGCUGAAGGAUUUCACCUGGCGCAUCGGUAUGGCUAACGGCCGUAGCGAUCCCAACAUGAACUUCCAGUACUCGCUAGAUGUGCCCCGCGAGGCCCUGUCCAUGGCCUCGUCCUUUUCCAACCAGGGCAUGAGCCUACUAGGUGUUGGACUGAUUGAGAAGCUGCUGGACGUCACAUCGUCCUUGACGGAGUAUCUCAACAUGCAACCCGCUUCGCGCGUGUCCUUUGAGAUUGGUCCUCGUGAGCAUCUCGGCCAGCUUUUGAACAUUGUGGCUCUUCUCCGCAACGAGCAGCACCAUUUCACUCCCCUCCUUCUCAGCAAGCUUCAUAACAUCCUUCCCGGGCUCGUCAACCCGAUGCUGCCCAACGCUCCGGAGAGCGCCACUACUGCAUGCAACAUUGAUCUUUUCGACGAUGUUUUUGGCCAAUCCAGCGGCAUGCAGCAGCAGGUCUGCUUCGAGGAGUACGAGAGCAAGUUUCCUGUCGAAUUCAAGACGGAACCCGGCAACACCCUCACGAGCGGCCCGCCUCCUACUGACCGGAGCUCGUCGUAUGUCAGCUCACCCCCUGGCGUAGUAUCUCCAGGCAUGGAGUUCAACCAAGGCUUGUCGACGACGGACUUCAGUCCCAUGUCAAACAUGGUCAUGAGUCCCAUGGGUCAGACACCCGACGGGAUGAAUAAUCAGCAGCAACAACACCAGAGCCAGCAUCAGCAUCAACAACAUCGUCCCAUGACGACACUGCAGAGCAUGACUCCUGGCAUCAGCAUUCCCAUCCAACACAGCAUGGCUCAUAGCUUGUCGCCGGCCCCGAAUAUGACCCUGAGCGGGCAAAGCAUGGACCAGUCACAGUCCAUGCACGGCGUCUUUAGUCCCGGGGGCGGUAUGAACAACGGCAUGAAUUCCAUGGGCCAAAACAUGAAUGGAAAGAAUAUGAUGAUGCGACAGCAACCACCCCAACGGGCCAACACAUUUGCCAUGCAGCAGCAGCAAUUCCGGACAGUGGGUGACUUUCAGGCGUUGCAGAGAACCAAUACGGACAUCAACCCGUUGGGUUCGAUGGGGAUGGAAUAUGAUUUCAACACGCUCCGGUAG